CUGAAAAGGGAGUUGAUUUCUCAAAAAGGGCCACUUUUAAAAAUCUCCCGCAGCCGAUUCACGCCUGCGGCAGAUACUCCGGCGGCUCGGCUCCCGAGUUGCACCAGGGCCGAUUCUCAGUUUCCAGAGUCUGCUAUUCGCGGAGCAAGAGAUGCAGAGAGUUCUUCAUUUGGGAAUUCAAGUAUCCAAUUUGUGAGGAAGAUAUUGGACUAAAUUCCUCACUGAAGAAGCAAAUGAAACAUUAACGGAGAGAAGCCCCAAAUUUUUUCGAUUGUCCUAAAGCGUAUAAGAUGGUGAUGGAAACACUUUCUUCACUCUUGCAUCACUGUUCUAAGACUAAGGCACUCCAAUGCGGCCUUUCUCUUCAUUCUGUUGCGAUAAAGACUGGCGUGCUGUGUGAUGUUAUAGUCUCCAAUCAUGUCCUCAACAUGUAUGCCAAGUGCGGCAACAGUAAAUUUGCUUACCAAGUGUUCAAUGAGAUGUCCAACAAAAAUCUUGUGACGUGGUCAGCCAUGAUAUCUGGUUAUGAUCAAUCUGGGCAGCAUCUGAUGGCCAUCAAACUCUUCUCUCAGAUGCAUCUAGAGCCAAAUGAAUAUAUACUUGCCAGCAGCCUCAGUUCAUGUGCCAAUCUCUUGGCAUUGAAAGCUGGGCAACAGAUCCACUGUAAGUCUAUCAAAUUAGGUUACUCGUCUGUCUCUUUUGUCUCCAACUCACUAAUGUCUAUGUAUAUGAAAUGUAGCCACUGUGAUGACGCUUUUUCAAUUUUCGCUAGUACAUCAGCGCCUAGUGUUGUUUCCUAUAAUGCAAUAAUUACUGGUAUGGUAGAAAAUAAUCACAAACGGAGAGCCUUUGAGAUGUUCCGACUCAUGUGCCAACAAGGUUUGGUUCCAGAUCGGUUCACUUUUGUCGGACUAUUUGGAAUCUGUUCUGCAGAAGACUGGGCAAUAGGAAUGAGUUUGCAUGGUCAAACCAUCAAGUUGAACCUGGACUCAAGUGCUUUCAUUGGAAACAUAAUAAUGACAAUGUACUCAAAGUUAAACUUGAUUAACGAAGCAGAGAAGGCUUUUAGAAUGAUGAGUGAGAUUGAUAUCAUAUCAUGGAACACUCUCAUGGCUGCCUGUUCUAAUUGCGAGGAUCACCAAAAAGCCUUGAACAUUUUCCGAGACAUGGUCAAACAAUUUGUUACUGGCGUGGAUGACUUUUCAUAUGCCAGUGCUCUGUCUGCCUCUGCUGGCAUGGCUUCCGUGCGUCUAGGUGGCGAGAUACAUGCUCACUUAGUUAGAACAAGGGCAAACAUGGAAAUAGCUGUUAGCAAUGCCCUUGUUAACAUGUAUGCUAAAUGUGGCUGCAUGCAACAUGCUCAUGCUGUUUUCAACCUAAUGCAUUGCCACAAUUUGGUUUCUUGGAAUACCAUCAUCGCCGGAUUCGCAAACCACGGCCAUGGAAGAAAAGCCAUACAACUCUACGAGGAAAUGCAGAAACAUGGGUUCGCGCCAGACUCUGUUACAUUUCUAGGGCUUUUAACGGCCUGCAACCACGCAGGGCUUGUUGAUGAGGGAAAGUCCUUCUUUGUUUCCAUGCAAGAAGCUCAUGGGAUCAAUCCCAACAUUGAACACUUCUCUUGCUUGCUUGAUCUUCUGGGACGAGCUGGGAGACUGAGAAGUGCCGAAGAAUAUACGGAACUACUGGAGGGGUUUCCUUUCGGGGAUGACUCGGUUGUUCUGGGCUGCCUGCUUUCCGCAUGCCGGCUGCACGGGGAUGUUGCCGCCGGGGAACGGGUGGCGGAGAGGCUUAUGGCGAAAGCGCCACCGGUUACUACGUCGCCGUACGUUUUGCUCUCUCAUCUAUAUGCAUCAGAUGGGAUGUGGAAGAGUGUCGCCGGAGCAAGGAGACUGUUGAAGGGGAGUGGACUGAAGAAAGAGGCCGGCCACAGUCUGGUUGAAGUGAAGGGGUUUGUGGAGAAGUUCACAAUUGGAGAUUUUUCGCAUCCAAGAAUCACGGAAAUACUGCAAGUACUCAGAAGUUUGAGUUGGGUGCCGGAUGAAGAAUAUCAAUGCAAUUGAUCUUUGGCUGGAGAGGAGGUGAAAGGAAAAUCAUAAGCAAGAAAUUUCAUGGUUGCCCUUAAAUUGGCUUGAGGUUAAAAUUGUGAAUUUAACAUGAAAUGGAAAUUUACUUAAAUAACACUAAAACAUAAUGAAUUUUUCUAAAUAGCAUCACAUGUGUUUUUUUCCCUAAAGUAGCACUUUUAGUCAUUAUCCAUUAGUCAUUAUUCAAGUAAAUGUUUGUCAUCACUGGACAUUAUAGAUGUUAUUAAGUGCUAUUUAGGGAAUAAAAUAAUCUAAGUGCU